AUGGGAAAAAAGAAUAAAUAUAAACUAAAUGAGAAUCCUGAUAAUAAUCAGAACAUACCGCCGGAGAAUCCACGUCAGUCAGAUCCUGUAGAAAAGAGACAAAAGGAACAUAUAGGCAAUGUUAGUCAAGGCGAACAGCGGGGAGGAAGAAGCGAUCAAGGAAAACAGCAACUGCUUGACGAUGGGCAGCAAAGAACACGGGCAGCGCAAUUCCAACAUAGCGGAGGCGACACUCGUGGUAGAAAUGACGGCCGGAUUGGGGAACCAUUACAGGAAAGGCAACAAUUUCGCUCUGAACAACAACAAGAUGCUAAUUGGAAUAGGCAUGAACAGCAGCCUAGGCAGGAAGGGGGGUGGGGAUGGCCACCGAAACGACAGCAAUUGCUUGUGGGGCAACAAGAUGGACAACAAACACAACAAGGUUUGUCUAGGAAUGGCCAACAACAAGGCGGAGCCGUUGGAGUAGGGCAACCGCCGCAGCAGCUGCAGUUUGACAGACGGCAGCAAGGGGCAUGGGGCGGCCAAAAAAGGCAAGCUUAUGAAGGCCAGCAACGAAUGCAACCACAACAAGAAGGAGGGUGGGGAUACAAGAAAGAAGCUGGCAGUGGACAAAGACAUCAGACCGCUGGAGGCGGAAAUCGAGAUAGGUUUGGCACCCAGCAACAGCCGUAUAGGCACGAGGGAACCCGAAGUUAUCAAGCGGGACAGCAACACAGUCUACCCCAACAACAACAACAACAACAGCACCAAGGGACAGGAUUCCCCGCCGAAUCUGCACAGCAGCCAUAUAGGCAAGACGAAGCCCGAAGAUGUCAAUCGGGGCAGCAGAAAAGUCCACCUCAACAACAACAGAAACAGCAUCAAGGAUUAGGAUUCGUCGCCGGCGAAGAAGAAUCUGCACCGGCGUAUAAUGUCGUAUCUUGUGCUGGAGUUCAACGUGGAACGCUGGGUAGACAAGGAAUAUGUGAAGUCAACUAUUUGAGGAUGAAUAUUGAUAAAAUGGCCGACAUUGCUUAUCAUUAUGACGUGACCAUUACACCAGAUCGUCCUAAAAAGUUUCUUCGUCCAGCUUUCGAUCAAUGUCAAAGACAGUAUUUCAGUCAAUACGUAAUGGCUUUUGACGGCUCCAAGAGUUGCUAUUCUGUAAUGCGUCUUCCGGAAAAAUCCUACGAGUAUGAAAUUGAGGUGAUGGAUAGUGGAGAUCGACAAAAAUCAUUUAAACUCCAAAUAAAGGAAACUGAUAUACCUGAAGUCGAAUUGGCAUCUCUACGAUCUUAUCAUAACGAUCGUGUGUUCGAUAAGCCCAUGCGGGCAUUACAGGCUUUAGAGGUGAUUUUAGCAUCCAAUAAUCAUAAGCUUGGAAUUCGUGUCGGACGAUCAUUUUAUCGAAAGCCUACAGAAUUUUACGAUUUAGGAGAUGGUUAUGAAAUGUAUACGGGAAUCUAUCAGGCCGCUAUUCUAGGCGAGGUACCCUUACUCAAUGUCGAUAUUUCCCACAAAUCAUUUCCGAAAACUCAGUCCAUCAUUCAAUAUAUGAGAGAAUGCGGCGUAGAUCUCAAUCGCUCGAUUGAAGAUAGCCGUGUAAAGAGAACUAUUAUUCUAUUUUUAAAAGGUAUAGAUAUUAUAUACACUCCGCCGGCCAAGUUUGGAGCUCUGCCUAAGAAAUACAAAGUAUUCGACAUUGGAGAUGCGCCUGGAAAAACAACGUUUACGUUGAACGACGGCAAAAAGACAACUGUAAAAGAUUACUUUGCAUCGAAGGGGUGCAUCUUGCAAUAUCCUUAUUUGAAUUGCAUCACAGCAGGUUCGACAAUACACAAAAUAUCCCUACCAAUGGAAUUCUGUUCGAUUGCUGGAGAUCAAGUUUUAAACCGCAAGGAUGGGAAUAUGCAAGUUGCCAAAAUGAUUAAAUAUUCCGCCACAUCUACGAAUGAGCGAAAAAGUAAAAUUAUGAAUUUAUUGGCUCAUUUUCGCCACAACGAAAACUUGACUAUACGAUCGUUCGGCGUACAAUUCGGUAGUAAUUUUAUAAAAGUUCAUUUUCGCUUAUUGCCACCGCCAGAAUUGGAGUAUUUUGGUGGUAAAACUGCACGCCCACGCGACGGUGCCUGGCAAUUGACUGACGUCAAAUUUUUAGAGACUUCCAAAGUCAAUCCCGGACACAAAUGGGCAAUCAUUUACGAAAAUAAAGGUCGUCCGAUUAACGCGCAUUCAUUACAAGAUUUUAAAAAGGCCGUGCAAAAGACGGCUCAACUACUUGAUGUAAAGUUGGCGCAGGAAGGAGAAAUAAGAGGUUUUCAAAAUAUCGAUUGGGUUUUACAAGAUCUUGCGAAGGAAAGUUUCGCUCUGGUAAUUGUUGUAUUGCCGAAUUAUGGUACAUCGUAUGCUUCGGUAAAACAAAAUGCCGAACUUAAAGUGGGAAUUUUGACUCAAUGUAUUAAAGAGAAAACUGUAUUACGUGCUCCCAAAGACGCAUCGGUGAUGCACAAUUUAAUGCUGAAAGUCAAUGCGAAAUUGAACGGUACCAAUCACAAGGUAUCGGAAGAAAAGGAGGCCGGAUUAAAAAAGCUUCUCCAACCUAUUCGUAAUGUGAUGUUUAUGGGCGCGGAUGUAACUCAUCCCUCGCCUGAUCAGCGUCAUAUACCAAGUGUUGUAGGUGUGGCAGCAUCUCAUGACGCUUACGGCGCAUGUUACAACAUGCAGUAUCGUUUGCAAAAAUCAACACUCGAGGAAAUCGAAGACAUGAAAUCCAUCACUGAAUAUCAUUUGAGCAUUUACAAAAGUUAUCAAAAUCGCUAUCCGGAAUAUAUAAUUUACUAUCGAGAUGGAGUUUCGGAUGGUCAAUUUCCCAAAAUAAGGAAAGAUGAGCUGGGCGGCAUACGUCGAGCUUGCGCCCAAAUGGGCUGUAAUCCAAAGAUCACUUGUCUUGUCGUAAUUAAGCGCCAUCAUACACGUUUCUUUCCACUUCGACAAAGUCAAGGUUUUCGAGAUUUUAACAACGUCGAGCCGGGUACGGUCGUCGAUCAGUAUAUUGUCCAUCCGAAUGAAAAACAAUUUUUUUUGGUUAGCCAUAAAGCUAUACAAGGCACAGCUAAACCGACGCGUUAUAAUGUUAUCGAGGACGAUUCCAAUUUCGAUAUUGAUCUGUUGCAAAAGCUAAGCUAUAAUUUGUGUCACAUGUUUCCACGCUGCAACCGGGCCGUUUCAUAUCCGGCACCUGCUUAUUUAGCCCAUCUUGUUGCCUUUAGGGGACGUGUGUAUUUGGAGGGUGCAUUUCGUUUUGGCAACCUGAAGGACGAAUAUAAAAAACGCUCUAUUCAAUCUGGCCUAAUGAAACGAAAUCCAAUGUAUUUCAUAUAA